AGGCGGCCAUGGCGGGCAACUUCGACUCGGAGGAGAGGAGUAGCUGGUACUGGGGGCGGUUGAGCCGGCAGGAUGCGGUGUCGAUGUUGCAGGGCCAGCGGCACGGGGUGUUCCUGGUGCGGGACUCGAGCACCUGCCCUGGGGACUAUGUGCUCAGCGUCUCCGAGAACUCGCGCGUCUCCCACUACAUCAUCAACAGCAGCGGCCCCCCCGGGGAAGGGGAGCUGCUCUGCUCCAGGGUGGGGCCAGCGCCGGGCCGGGCAGCGUGGGGACCGAGCGCCGAGGGGGAUGUUGGCACUGCGGGGGCAUCCCUUGGCAGCAGUGUCGAGAGGGAGUCCGGUAGUCCUACGAGUGGCUUUCUCGGCUUCAGACAUUUCCUGCGAGGUCGGAGAGCCGAGCUUGGCCCUACUCCGCGGAUGGCCUUGGGGGUGAGCCCCUCCAGGCUCCGAAUAGGAGAUCAAGAGUUUGAUUCAUUGCCUGCUUUACUGGAAUUCUACAAAAUACACUAUUUGGACACUACAACGUUGAUAGAACCAGUUUCCAGAUCCAGGCAGGGUAGUGGAGUGAAUCUCAGGCAGGAGGAGAUAGAGUAUGUGCGAGCCCUCUUUGACUUUAAUGGGAAUGAUGAAGAAGAUCUUCCCUUUAAGAAAGGAGACAUCCUGAAAAUCCGGGAUAAGCCUGAAGAGCAGUGGUGGAAUGCAGAGGACAUGGAAGGCAAGAGGGGGAUGAUUCCAGUCCCUUACGUGGAGAAGUAUAGACCUGUCCCCGCCUCAGUAUCGGCUAUGAUUGGAGGUAACCAGGAGGGUUCCCACCCACAGCCACUGGGUGGGCCGGAGCCUGGGCCCUAUGCCCAACCCAGCGUCAACACUCCGCUCCCUAACCUCCAGAAUGGGCCCAUUUAUGCCAGGGUAAUCCAGAAGCGAGUCCCUAAUGCCUACGACAAGACAGCCUUGGCUUUGGAGGUCGGUGAGCUGGUAAAGGUUACGAAGAUUAAUGUCAAUGGUCAGUGGGAAGGGGAGUGUAAUGGCAAACGAGGUCACUUCCCAUUCACACAUGUUCGUCUGCUGGAUCAACAGAAUCCUGAUGAGGACUUCAGCUGAGUAUAGCUCAACAGUUUUGCUGACAGAUGGGAACAAUCCUUUUUUUUUUUCCUUUUCAGUUGCCAUCUAUACAUUUUUUUUUUUACAGAUGUCAAACACAAUCUAGUUUAUAUAAGUGUUCUGUUACCUGUGAUCAUUUUUAGACUGAACUACUACAUCCCUAGUUCCAUUUACCACGUUCAGGGUACAAAACUGGAGGGAUUUGUGUGUUAACUUCUGAAUUGGACAUUUUAGGUGGUAGCUGCUAUGCCUGAGUCUAUCAGAGGGAUAGGUGGGUAUCUUGCCUCCUUUCUUCAGGCAAUGCAAGUCAACCUGUGGAAAACUGAUGGACAGGAGAGAAGUGUUGCACACUACCUACCCUGAUUUAUCCAAUGACUUUUUUUUUUCAUUCUGAAACCAUCUUAUCAAAUGGCAAUAGACUGUUCCCUUUCACCCCCAGAAAGUAAUCAUGUACUGUGUGAAUUAUACCCAGUGGGAUUGCUUUUUCAUUUAUAGAACAUGGCCAUUGUAUGACUCAUUCUGACAGUUCAAAUCCUGAGAUUUCUGAGGACACUACUAAAGGCAUUUUCUUCCUUCUAAGUCAAUACUUCAUACUUUUUCUUGGGAUUCUUUGAACCCUUGUCAUCCUUUUCCGCAGAUAGGUUAAUUCUCAUGAAAAGUGUUUAUUUUCAUUCCAGAUGACAAGCAGGAUGUGCAGAGCACUUUAUUCAGUGCAUAGCUUUAAGCCAGUAUUGGGUUCACUGAGUGGACAGCCAAACUCAGCUCUCUGCCUUUCCUCAAGGGGUCAUAGUAGGUUCACACUGCUAUCGCAGCUAAAUAGACUCCUGACUAAUGGGAUCCAGCAGGGACAUUUCUCCUGAUUCUUUGGAAUUCUUAGCUUCUACUUGGAGUGGAAGGACCAAUCACUAGAGUAUUCCAUAGAAGGUUGUGAGGCCAAAUUCUGCCCUUUGCUUUAUGUGCAACUUGUAUAAGUCAAGUUAAAAUUACAUGAGUUUGGGGAUAGGGUUAGCACUUUGAAAAAUGUUUGAACCAAUCAUGAAUUACUUAGGUAUUAUUCAUUUCACAUUACCAGAAUAGUGCAUGAAGUACAUUAUAAACUGCCUUCAGUUUUGGGUCUUUAUGUUCAAGUUUAGUUUACAAAUCCUUUUAAGUACAGAAUGGUUUAUAUGGGGUCAGGUGCUCCAAAAAAUAGAUUUCUGAGACCAAAAAUGAUCUAGGCUAUAUAUACUGUAAUAUGAAACUUUCAAAGCUAGCUUCCAGCCUAGGAAGGCACUAACUGGUAUAUGGUAUGAUACAACCAAUAGAAACAUUUUAUAUUUAGCUUAGGGCCUCAUUUUAGAAAAGAAAUGUAUCUUUCUAAUUCUUUUGCAUAGGUAAUGAUUAAUUUGCAUUUUUUGGCGUGCACCAAAUCGUGAUAUCCCAGUGACUAGCACAAUGUCUGGCACAAUUGAUGUGCAGAUGUUUGUGUGAGUGAAUGAGAGGAAUGUAGAAGCUCAUUAUAUGGCACAGGGAAGCCAGCUGGCACAGGAUUACAUACAUUACCACAAGUAAACUAAUGCAUUGACGCUAAUUUAAUGUAUUUUUACCUCACACUAAGGUAAUGCUUGAUAAAGACAUCAAUACUCGACUUUUUAAAUGCUAGCAUAGUGCUAUGCACACAGUGGGUGCUCAAUGUUGAAUGAACAAAUUUGCAAUACUAGACUUAAUUCCACCUGACUACUCUGUCAAAUUUUUAGUUAGAGCACAGAUACUGUAAAAUUCAAAUAAGUACACAUGAAAUCUUGUUUUUCUGAAAGUAUGACAUCUAAAAUAUUUGUAGAGAAACCUUGUCACACUGCUUUGAAUAUUUGUAUUUUCUUUUGCCUUUGACAUUAUGAUAUUGGCCUGUAAUGUCUAUUUUCAUCUUAUGGAAUAUUAGUGGAACAUGCACCUCUACCCAAAUCAUAAGAAUUUCUCAUAUGAACUGUUGGGUUGGAUUUGGCUGGAUGUGGUAGUUGUUGGACCUUAAGAAAUCAAAGGACUUCUUAAAAAUAUCUUCCAAAAACAAAUACUAGAGUCCUAUUCAAUUGCAUAUGUACAUUGUCACAAAGCAAAGUAAACUGAAAUUGGCUGCUAUAUUUUAUAUAAUGUAAUCAUUUCUGCAAAAGCCCAGUUUUUGGAUACUAAUAUUUGACAUGAUUCAUUCUUAUUAAUUUGUUGGAAUUGUUUAUUGUUAAUAAUGCAAAUAGAUAAUUUUUAAUUAUCGUUAAGUAACAUUUCAUUAUUAAUGGUUUGAAAUGGGUGACAAGCAAACCAAUUUGAAAUAAAAUAUGAACAUGUGCCAUUGUAUUAUAACACUAUACACUUUCUUGACAGUAAGAUUUUGAAAAAAAUGUUUUUUUGUAGCAUGUAUUGUAUAUGUUUAUAGUAUAUGUAGUAAAUAAAAAUAUGGCCAAAUAUUUGGCUUGGUGAUCUUUUGAAGAAAGUAAUGUUUGAAUAUUUUUCACAAAAGAGCUACAUCUGUUGUGCUUAGGGAAUAAGAGAUGUGUGCACUCAGUCUACAAUCAUGUAAUGAGAAACAAUUGUUCCGUGGAUACUCAUUAAAGCUGGGAUUAAUCACUGGUGAUGUUUUAAAGGGUCUCCAAAAUUCAUGAAAUACUGAAUUGAGGGGAAUAUAAGAAGAUUAUUACAUAAUGAUUGGAAAUUUGGAAUGACCUGAACAGAGAACAUCAAUGGUUUAUAUGUGGGUAUAAAGAAAAGAAGGUUUGGAUGUUAUACAAUAGGUUUUUAGAAUGUUAGUGUAAAUACCCAGAUAUUUUUAUUUAAGUAGCACAUUUUCAGGAUAGAUAAUUAUAAAUAAAGUGUGUGAGUACAUAUACCUAAAAUUGACAUAAUACUCUAAAAUAGUUUUGUAUUGUGUAUGGGUGCUGAAGUUUUAAAAUGAAAAGGAUAGUCUUUGCCAGUUACUUAUACUGUGUUCUGCCUCAGACCCAGAACACAUCUAGUUAUUGCUAUAAAUAGCAGAGUGUCAACCCAGCGUUAAAUAAAGGAACCUACACCAAAGAGAGUCAACUUUGGCAUACACAAGCUUAACUGCAAGGUGACUUAAGAAUGUUUCAACUUUUUGUAAAAAAAAUAAACUACCAAAGUCUUGUUUUAAAAAA